AAAGGCAUGUAUCCAAGUUUGCCCGAAGAACCCAGCAAGUUUUGACGCUGAUAAUGUGCAUGUUGCAAAGCUCUCCGGAGGAGGUCUGCAUAACAGCACAAAUGCACAAUAGUUCGGGGUAUGGUUUUGAAAAACGAUGCAAUGGGAAGUAUAAAGCAAAAGGAGAAGGCAAAGCCACUGAAACAAAAGGAACUGUCUUAAUCCACAGUGCUGAACAGCUAGAGAAUUAUGCAAAAACUGAGGAAGCUAAGGUUGAGGAGAUCAUCAAAGCAGUGGUUGAUUCUGGUGCCAAAGUUAUUGUUAGUGGUGGAGCAAUUGGUGAAAUGGCAUUGCAUUUCUGUGAGCGUUACAAGCUAAUGGUCUUAAAAAUCAGCUCAAAUUUUGAACUACGACGAUUUUGCCACACAAUUGGUGCUGUUGCUCUUUUGAAACUCAGCCAGCCAAAGCCAGAUGACCUGGGAUAUGUUGAUUCAGUUUCGGUUGAGGAAAUUGGUGGAGUUCAGGCAAUGUGUAGAGAUAGUCGUAUGGUACCUGGAGUUGCAGCUACUGAAAUUGAAUUGGAUCAGUAUGCUAUCACUAAAUUUGCUGAAAGUUUUGAAACGAUACCAAGAACCCCAGCAGAGAAUGCUGGGAUGAAUGCUAUGGAUAUCAUAUCAAGGCUGUAUGAAAAACACGCAUCUGGAAAUGCCAAAGUGGGUGUUGACUUGGCAGCAAAAGGGGGAAGGGGGCAAAAGGGGGAAGGGGGGUGGGCUAAACUAUUUUGCAAUCAAUUUAUGCCCAGCAACCUUUCUAGGUUUUUUGCUCUUAAAUAUGCUGCAGAUGCUGCAUGUAUCACAUUACGAGUAGGCCAGAUUAUAAUGGCAAAACCAGUUGGUGGUCUGAAAGAAAGAGCAACCUGCAAGAAUGGAUGAGGACUAGCCUCUGCACUGAAGUCGAUCAAUUGUCUUCAUAUUGUAUCUCACUGAGCUGGUUUUGAACUUGUUUAUGGAUCUCUUGUUUUCUUUUGGAUGCCCAAGAACUUUGGCUUGGAAAUUUUUUUUUUUAAUUUUAAAAAAGAAAAAUUUCUUGUUCUUUCUUCAACUGUUACUUGAAUCUCUUCAAUGGCUGUAAUGUUCUACUGAAAAUCUGAUGAAUUAUUUUUCAUUGUCUUAGUAGGUUCUACAGCAAAGUGAAAUCCCAGUGUGAUGUGAUGCUCCUUAUACGUUGGAACGAGGAUGUCAUAGAUCCCAAAGAUAGUAAUUUUAUGUGUCUGAAGUUUACAAUAAAUUGCCAGAUCUGGU